CCUCAUCCUCCUCUUCCUCCUCAUCUUCCUCCUCAUCCCAUCCUCCAUCUCCCCAUCUGCCUCUCUGCCUCUCUGCCUCUCGCUUUCAUAUUUAUCCCCUCUCCAGUUUCAAACGACUCCCCUGCAGAAAAAACUCCCCGAGAUGUCUUCUUCCACACUGCCCCUCGAAAACCCCAAGCCCGUGGUCAUGAUCGCCGGAGGCGGUCUUGGUGGUCUGAUGCUUGGCAUCCUGCUCGAGCGCAGCAAUGUCCCUUACCACAUCUUUGAGCGCGCAAGCGAGAUCAAGUCGCUUGGUGCCGCCAUGUCUCUCUCCGUCAACAUCUUGCCUGUCUUUGAGCAACUUGGCCUGUUCGACGAGCUGCUCACGUUCUCGCGUUGGUUCAACAACGCCACCAUCUACGAAAGCAACCUGGAUAUCAUCGGUCAUGUUCGUUGGAAGGAGCAGAAGGCAGUCUGCGGUUACGACAAGAUCGUCUUUGCGCGCCCACGCCUGCACGACCUUCUGUUGCGCCAGAUUCCCGCCAACAAGAUCACAUUCGGUAAACGCAUUCUCAGGACUGAGGAGAAGGACGACAAGGUUCUCAUCCACUGCUCCGAUAACUCGACCUACGCAGGCGACAUCCUCGUCGGUGCCGACGGCGCCUACAGCUCUGUCCGUCAGUCGCUAUAUAAGCAGUUGCUCAAUAAGGGCCUUCUGCCCAAAUCCGACCAGGAGAACUUGGAGCUCGGAUACAACUGCAUGGUCGGUGUCACAGAUCCCUUAGACCCCGAGCGGUUCACGCAACUCAAGGACGAGUUCACGCAUUUCACUGCCAUCUUGGGAAAGGACCGAAUCAGCUGGGGAGUUUCCAGUGUCACUGAUAACCAGAUCUGCUGGAUCCUGUUGAUUCAGUUCAAGAACGCAGAUGAAGCGGCUGAGCAACGAUUCAGGAACUCUGAGUGGGGUCCCGAGUCCACCGAUGCGAUGGUCAAGGAGUUCCGCGAAUGCUUGAAUCCUUAUGGCGGAACCAUGGGUGAGAUGAUCGAUGCCACGCCCAAGGAGCGUCGGUCGAAGGUCUUUUUGGAGGAGAAGCUGUUCGAGACCUGGUUCCACGGACGCACCGUCCUGAUUGGUGAUGCCGCUCACAAGAUGAUCCCCGCUGCUGGACAAGGCGCCAUCAACGCUAUGCAGGACGCCGUGAUCCUUGCCAACACCUUGUAUGACAUGCCUGACACCAGCACGGAGAGUAUUACCGCAGCGUUCCAGGACUAUUACGACCAGCGCUUCGAGCACGCAAAGAUGCAGGUCGAGAUCAGUAAAGCUAUGGGCAAAAUCCUUGCUGGCCAGUCUUUGACUGAGAGGUUCCUCCGCAAGGUCCUCCUGAACUACGUACCCGACUGGCUAAAUAACAAGAAUAACAUCAAGACCGCCUGUUAUCGCCCUCAGAUUACUUGGCUACCAUUCUCGCCCAACCGCGGCACAGGUCACAUUUUGCCUCAGAAGCCCUCUAAGCGGUACCAAGAACAGCAGGCCCGUGGUUAUGUCAGUCCAGCCAACGCUACUACGACAGCUACGCAUCCAGCAAUGACGGGAGUUGAGAUGGCCGCUGAAAACGUUGCAGAGAACAUGGAUGUGGCGAAUACAGUUGCCCCUGCGACUGGAGCGGUCGUCUAGAUGCAAAUGGCAGGAUGGCAUUUCACCGCCCAGAAUAUCCUCGCAUUACGAUGAUUGUAAACAAUUCAUGUUAAAAGAUCUAUCGGAUGGACAAGACAGGCGAACAAACCAGUUCGAAAUGGAAAGACCGACAUCUAUUACAUAUUACAUAUUACAUAUGCAGACAUUUCCUUUAUAUAUUAUAAUAAACAUGCCGAGCACUAGCGAUGCCAACUUAAACAUGCGGUCUGUUUGAUCGCGACCUACGGUCAACGGAUCUCUUGUUUGCGGAU